CGUAUUUUCAAAAGUUGACGGUUAAGAGUUAACACAUGCGUCUUAAAGAACAUUAUGUGCGAUUUCCGAUGGAAUGCAAUUUGCUUGGACCGCGCCGAUAGUUCCCAUACUUCAGGAUGCCGAAUCUUCAUACCCAAUAACACACACAGACAUCAUAUGGCUUCAAUCAAUUUUCAUGAUAGGUGGACUGGCUGGAAUACCUUUCAUAAUUUACGGUGUUAACAAAUUCGGGCCCAAAACUACAAUUUUAAUGGGAACCGUAAUGGGCAUCAUAUCCUGGAUGUUGAAAGCAUUCGCGCCUACUACUGUGUAUUUUUACGUGGCGAGAUUCAUCAGCGGAUUUGCGGCUAACGCUGACUUCGUAGCGACACCCAUGUACAUUAGUGAAAUAGCUGACAAGAAUGUGCGUGGAUUUUUGGGAUCGUCAAUCUAUCUAAUGAUGUCAAUAGGAAUUCUGAUAAUGUAUUCUGUAGGCCCGUUUGUUUCGAUUCCAGUAUCGUCGGCUAUCGGCUGCUCAUUUCUGGUUGUAGAGCUUCUCAUCUUCUCCUUCAUGCCUGAAUCACCCUAUUAUCUUCUCUCUAAAGGAAAAAUAGGCGAAACCAAAAAAGCACUGCUGUUGUUACGUGUGACAUCGGACAAUAUCGGCCAGGAAUUGGAAGGAAUACAGGCUAUUGUGAAAUCGCGCCAAGAGGAAACGAAAAAGCGACGUUAUACGGAUUUGGUGACCAUGAAAGCGAGUAGAAAGGCCCUGACGAUUGUUACAACGCUAAAUUGCGCACAACAUUUUAGUAGUUUUAGCGUUAUUCUGAUGAAUCUUCAUACGAUAUUGAACCAUGCCGACACAUCAUGGGGUGCGGUUGAGUCUGCGAUAACAUUUUCGGCGUGUAUGUUAGGAGCCGCUCUAUUAUCAUCGGCAGUAAUUGACAGAAUGGGAAGAAAAGUGCUGCUUUGCUGGUCGAGUACUCUGACCGGCCUUUCCAUUUUAACUCUAGCAACGUUCUUCACCGUAAAGAACGCGGGGAUUGAGGUCGACGAUUAUAGUUGGAUCCCCGCUGCAUCAACAUUGUGCUACGCAGUCUUUUUCAGAUGUGGAUUGGGAUUGAUACCGAUAGUACUAACUGCCGAACUCUUUCCGGCAGAUGUAAAAGCCAUGGGUAUGGCAACAGCUUUAGCAAUGUACAGUCUAUCUUCUGCUGCAUCUACGUACCUUUUUCACUACUUACAUGAAGCGUAUGAAAUGCAUGUGCCGUUUUACAUUUUUGGAGUCUGCUGCUUUCUCACUACACUUUUUACUCACUUCUAUAUACCAGAAACGAAAGGUAAAAGUUUAGCCGAAAUUCAAAUUAUACUUAACAACAGCUGUACAACGACCAAAGACACUAAGUCUGAUGUACAAAUUGUGUUAUCCAAAUGACAAAUAUCUGGAUCAAUGAUGUAACUUUUUUGAUGAAAGGUCAGCUGGUUUUUUUCCAUACAAUGCCUAUAGGACGUUAGGGCAUUUCAUAUGUAAAUAAGAAAUAGAAUAGGACCCGGUAUGUAUCCUUGAGGAACUCCUGUUUUUAAAGGUGGCAUAGGCGAGUUUCUCACUAAAAUUGUAAUAUUGAAGCUUACUCACAAGUAUUUCGUGGAAAACGAAACCAAACAUUGAAGAGCAGUACU